AUGGCUAAGCCUCAAGACACCAAGAAGGCGUCGUCGAAGAAGGAGAAGACGGUCAAGGUCAAGACGGCGGGACUGAGUGAGGAUCGUGUGGUGGACUCGGACAGCGAGAGCGAACAGAAAAAGACCAAGACCAAGACUCCGGUCAAGGCUGUGGAAAAGGAAAAGGGAAAGGAAAAGGGAAAGGCGGAGAAGAGCAAGAGCAAGGCAUCCGCCAAGAAGGCUGUCGUCCCGCCCCCUCCACCGCCACCGCYGGCGAAGGUGGAGAGCAGCGACGGUGACACGGACUCAGACUCGGACUCGGAGAUCAGCAGCGAUGGUUUGGACGGCGACGAUGAAUCCACGGCGAGCGAGAGCGAAGAAGUGGCAGAAGCAGCAAAAGUCAAGGCCAAUGGAGUGAAGCGGAAGGUGGRCCAUGUCACCGCUGCGGAGGAGGAGGAAUCCAGCAGUUCGAGUGAAAGUCUGGCAGAAACAUCACAACCCGCGGCCAAAAAGGCCAAAACACAACCCAAGGCGGCAUCUCCGGAGAAGCGUGAAGCAUCCGCGCCACUUUCUGCAAUCCCCACCAAAUCGUUCGCCGCACCGAAAGAUUUCCAGCCGGUCGAUGUGGCCAAGCUACACUCGACCUUUCCCAGCAAUCUCCAAGGAAAGCAGAUCUGGCAUAUUACGGCACCAUCGGCACUGCCCAUCUCGGAAAUCAAGAGCGUUGGACUAGACGCCAUUGCGAKUGGCAGUGCGGUCUUGUCACACAAGGGAUCAGACUACACUCUCGCUCAAGACACAUCCACAAGUAGCAAAACAUUCACCGUCUUCCUUCCCGACAAGGAGGGAUACAGAAGGUCAGACGCGCCGGUGGAUAGAACCUUGCAUCUGCAGCAAAAGGUCAAUCUGCCGCGUCUGACCAGCAAGCAAGCCAAGACGGAAACUGGAGGAGAGAUCGCUGCAGAUGUCUGGAAACCGGUCGAGGAGGGCGUAAGACCGCAACCCAAAGGCAUGAGAAUGAGGUAUAAGCCACCCGGGUUCGGACUCGGGGAGCCGGGUCUUGGGAGUGACGACGAGGAAGAGGGAUUCAAGUUGCCUGGCAAGGGCAGGAAGCCCAAAAAGUCACGAAGGGAGAGUGGAGAUGCAAUGGAGGGUGUGGAGAGUACGAGUAAGGAGAUGAGUAAAGAGGAGCGGAAGAAGGCCAAGAAGGACGCAAAGGUGAGAGCUGGGAAUGCCGUGUAA